GUCUGGGCCGUCCUCAUAACAACCCUCUCCUACCUCCCCGGUCUCCUCACGCUGCACUACUCGCUCCAGAUCAAGCACCGAUCCAAACACCCGCUCGUCGCCCUCUACACGCCCUCGACCUUCCCUGAAUCCGGGCUCGCCCCCCUCCGCGCACGAGGGAUCCCGUACCAAGCCGUCACGCCACUCCAACCAGUUAUCGGCAGCGGCGGCGGCGUGGACCCGCGGUUCGCGCUCAACUGGACCAAGCUGGUGGUUUUUUCCCUGACACAGUACUCGCGGCUCGCGCACCUCGACGCCGACAUGCUCGUACUGGGGAACAUGGACGAGCUGCUCGACAAUGAUGCCCUGCUCCUUCACAGGGGUGGUGAGAAAGGCGGGGAGGGGAAGGGUGAUGAAGAUGAAGAUGAAAUUGCCCUCGCCGCGGCCCACGCGUGCACCUGCAACCCGCGCGGCUUUGCACACUACCCGCGCGACUGGACCCGCGAGACGUGCGCGUAUACCCGCUUGGAGAAGGAGUUGCAGCAGCUGCUGGAUGAUGGACAAGCUGAGAGCAGCAGCACAAAUCUGGAGCGAGAGGGCGAGCUGAACGGUGGAUUACUCGUGCUGCGCCCAUCGGAGAGGACAUGGUCCGCCAUCUGCACCUACCUCACCAACACCUCCACCUCCGCCUCCACCUCCACCUCUCCCAACCAGACCACCACCACCAAGAUCAGCAGCAAACUGCCCUUCGCCGACCAGUCGCUGCUGAGCGACCUGUUCCGGGGCCGGUGGCGGGUUUUGCCGUGGGUGUACAACGCGCUCAAGACGAUGCGCUGGCCCGGUGUGCACGACCGGCUCUGGCGCGGCGAGAAUGACGGCAAGGUCAAGUGCGUGCACUACAUCCUCACGCCCAAGCCAUGGCAGGAGGAAAAUCAUGAUGAUGUAGGGGAUUCAAGGAAAAGGGAGACGACGCAUCAGUGGUGGAUGGACGUGGACUUGGAGAGGAGGAGAUGGGAGAGGGAGAAUGGGGUUCCAAGCGACGGGUGGUGA